AUGACGUCAGGGCCGGUACUGCCUGAGGGGUUGGAGCGUGUAGGAGAGGUGACGGAGGAACGUGGGACAUCCAGGGACGAGGCUGCCACGGCUGGGGGGGCAGGGGAAAGCGACGUAGCGGUGACUAGGCCGGCAGCUGCUGCGUUACCCCGGGUGGUGGCUGCUGCGGUGCCUGAGGCGGCUGCUGCUGCCGUGCCUGCAGCGGAGAUGGUGGCGGGUCCGGUGCCUGCUGGCGGUUCUGCUGCUGCCUUUGGCAGCGGCUCAUCUUCACCCUCUGCCACCCAACAGGUGGCACAGUCGCAGGCUGAGGAGACGAGGCUGUGUGCAGAUCCGGAGCAGACCGGGGAGGUGGCGUUGUCCGCGUCACCGGCACCGGUAACGUCGACUGUGCUGGCGGCGGUGGUGUCUGCUGCGACAGGGGAGCAGGGCGGAGUCCCGGCGGCGGAAGGCGCCCCGACUGCCGCUGCGUGCGCCAGAACGCCUAUUGCUGCAGCGGCCGCAAACAGGCAGGAGCAUGGCCAGGGGGAGGGUGAGAGUCUGGGACCCGCGAACAGCGCUGCUUUCGGCGCUGUGCAGGCGAAGUCGAAGAAGAAUCUGCGUGCCCAGCCAGCGCCGAGACGGCCCGGAGCAGGGCUGGGGCCUGGCUUCUCGGGACCCCUCCUGGGCUGGGUUCUGCAAGGGCAACCGCCACCAGUGCAAGCGUGUCCGUCGUCAUCUGCGCAACCGCAUGCGGCGGGGGGAGCCCUGGCGAUUGAGGAAAUCCUGCUGCUCCUGGCGAACGUGGUUAACCGUCUCGCCAGUUCAUUCCAGAGCCAACUAGUCCGCGACCUACUACUCCCUUCCUGUCUCAUAGCAUUAAAGAAGCCUGGGGGAGGAGUAAGACCGAUCGCAAUGGGAGAGGCACUACUUCGCGUGGUGGCAAAAGCAGCUCUACACAGCUUAGGCCCGCAGAUUCGAGAGUUCUUCCUUCCCGUUCAGUUCGGCAUAGCUAUCCUGGGAGGUGCUGAAUGGAUUAUCUACACGGUCCGGUCCCUCCUCAAAGAAGACGAGACCCGCACAUGUGGAGAAUGCGUUCAAUAG